GUUUUGGAAAUGUCAAACGUCAAAUGUAAUUAAUUAAAGAGAGAAUUAUUUUAAUACUGAUGUCAUUGUGCUCAUUGAACAAUUAGUGUACAUACAAAAGCAAGAAGUAAAUAGUUGUGUGUGAGUAAAUAGAAAUAAGAUUAAAAAAUGGCUGGGGUUGACGAAAGUAGGUUGCGUGUGUGGCUCUCUAAGUACCACAACUCUGAUGUAGCCGCGCGAGAUAUUUUAAGUGUAGUGAAUCAUUACCAAGGUCUUGUGCCAGUACAGGAAACAUACACAUUCAAUGAUGGGACCCCCAUGGACUUAGUAAACUUAAACGGCACAAUCCCGGUUUCUUACAAAGGGAACACUUAUAACAUCCCCAUUUGCAUCUGGUUGAUGGACACUCACCCCAAAAACGCACCUAUUUGUUAUGUGAGACCCACAUCUGACAUGUCAAUCAAACCGUCAAUUUUUGUUGAUCAAAACGGGAAAAUAUACUUGCCGUAUUUACAUGACUGGACAUCAGGGUCCUCGGAACUAUUGGGGCUUAUUCAAGUGAUGAUUGUCACAUUCGGAGACCAACCACCAGUUUUUGCUAAACCAAAGGAAUCUGACAUGCCUUACCCUAGUAAUUCAUUUAUGCCGCAAGCUGGUGGUAAUUAUCUACCUCCUUACCCACCUACUUCUUAUCCACCCACGUCAGGUUUUGGUGGUUACCCACCUUACCCAGCUUCGAGCAGUUUGCCAUACCCUAGUUACACCCCAUACCCAACGCCAUACCCACCUUACAGUGGUAGCGGGUAUGGGGGUCCUGCUCCCGCAGUAGGGGGCACAGGCACAAUCAAAGAUGAACACAUCAGGGAGUCUUUGUUGACCGCUAUCGAAGAAAAAUUACUGAGGCGGAUGAAAGAGCUGUUUCAGCAGCAUCAAGCCGAACUGGAGACGCUCCAAAGGACUCAUGAUGAGCUCAAACAAGGAAAAGUGAAAUUAAAUACCAUCUUGAGUCGGUUGGAGAAAGAACAGAGUGAUCUUGACAAAAACAUAACGGUGCUAAAAGACAAAGAACAAGAGCUUGAUAAAGCUAUAGAGAGACUUAGCAAUGAGGAAGAAAUUGAUGUUGAUGACGCGGUUACGACUACAGCGCCUUUAUAUAAACAAUUGUUGAAUGCCUUUUCUGAAGAAGCAGCGAUAGAAGAUGCAAUUUAUUACAUGGGUGAAGCCUUAAGAUGUGGGGUUAUUGAUUUGGAUGUUUUUCUUAGGCAAGUUAGGACUUUAUCUAGGAAGCAGUUUAUGUUGAGGGCUUUGAUGCAGAAGUGCCGUCAAAAGGCUGGGUUGGCUGUUUAAUAUUACAGAUAUGAGGUUUGCUCUAAUAUUACUCUGUAUUUUAUUAAGAAUGCAAUUAUUGUAAGUUGUAAUUUUAUUAGAGUAUAUAAUUAUAUGAAGGCAUAGUUUUAGAUUAUUGUUUAUAUUCAAAUCAAAUAUUUAAUAACUUAAA